CGCACACCCUUCAGCCAACUUGCACUCAAGAAGAAACUCUCAUUCCAACUUUUAUAUUUAAAAUUUUUUUAUCCAGGGGCAUUUCCUAAUAGUUUUUUUUGACCACCAAGCCAUGAGCAACGCCCAGUCAGAACAAGAAACCAUAGCCUAUGCCAAACGCAAGCGCCAGGAAGAGCGCGACCAUCAGCCCGCCGCCAACGCUCAACCCACGCACACAGUUUUCCCAGACCAUCAACCUCGAUCUGAUCAAGAAACCCUCGACCACACGCAAGAAAAAGACCUAACAUCCGAUACCCUAGAGACUCGGCGCCGUGCCAUGGCCGAGUUUGACCCACGCAAUAUUGCCGUGCCCACUUCUGACUCUGCUGUUCGCGCGGAUCUGCGCAAGCAUGGAGAGCCCAUAUGCCUGUUUGGCGAGGAUGCUGCUGAUCGGCGUAAUCGCCUAAGAUACGUGCUCUCGAAGAUUACCGACAGGAAAGAAAUGCAGCAGCAAAUGGACGUGGACGAGGACGACGAUUCGGCCGGCGAUAGUGAGGAGGACGGUGAGUUUUACACGGAAGGGUCAGAGGAACUGAAGGCUGCGAGAAUGGAGGUUGCCGUGAAGUCGUUGGACCGGGCGCGCGACCGGCUGGAACGCCAAAGGGCGCAGGCUGCGGAGGAUCUGGCGGUAGUUAAGCAGCGGCGUCUGGCACUGAUCCAGAGGCUAUCGACGUUUGCGCUUUGCGGGUCGCAGGUGGGCGAUGCGCGGCCGGUCAGCCGCGCAAUUUUUGCCCACGACGCCCACCACCUGCUAACGGCAUCCUGGUCGGGCAGCAUUAAGCUAUGGGAUGUGCCGGGAUGUCAGGUCCAGCGCACUUAUCGGCGGUGGCACGCUGGGUUUGCUAGCGGGUGCGCUGAUGGGCUUGUGCUGUUGUGGGACGUGGAGAGGGAGCUGCCGGUUGGCAGGCUGGAGGGACACCAGGGCCGGGUGGUGCAUGUGGACCACCAUGCGGAUGGCAGACUGCUGGGCAGCGCUAGCUACGAUGGGUCCUGGCGGCUGUGGGAUCUGGAGACCCAGAAGGAGCUGCUGCUGCAGGAAGGCCAUGCGCGAGAGGUCUUUGCCCUACGGUUUCAGCCAGACACCGCUGCGCUGGUGGCAACUGCUGGCUUGGACGGCAUUGGCCGUGUCUGGGACCUGCGCUCCGGCCGCUCGAUCAUGGUGCUGGAAGGCCAUGCGCGCGAAAUCUACGGCCUAGACUGGUCCCCCAAUGCCUUCCAGGUGGCCACCGGCGCCGCCGACAACACUGUGCGGAUCCAUGAUUUGCGCAAAAUGGCUUGUGUUUAUCAGAUUCCCGCGCACAAAUCAAUGGUCACGGAUUUGCGCUUUUCCCACUCCAUUGCUGGUGCUGAAGGUGGCCACUUUUUGGUGUCGGCUUCGAACGAUGGUUUGGUUAACGUAUGGAGUACGGGCGAUUGGAAACUGCAAAAGUCCCUGCCUGGACAUGUUGGCAAAGUGCUGGGCGUCGAUGUUGCCCCGGAUAGUAGCUGCAUUCUGUGGGGCCCCGAUGAUUUUCUGUGAGAUUUAAUUUUUUUUGAUAAUCCAACCCUAAUCCACGCAGCGCCUUGUUUUUUGUUUUUUUUUGUUUUGUGCGUGUGUAAAACAACUUGAAAAAUGUAUUCGACA